UUGCGUUCCAAAAAUAAAUCGACCAAUGGUUAUUCGGUUGAAGGUUGUAAACGGGGAGCAUUGGAGACUGUGAACAUUUUUCAGGCGGUUUUAGGUCACCAUUUCGAUUAAUCACGCAAAAACGCGUUGGCCCAAUGAAAGUGCCCCAUCUUGCGACAACAGGCAGUAGUUGAGUAUACCCUCCAAAUCCAGCAUACGCCACUGUUUGUGUUUGAGGAAUGCGGGGUGAGUGGUACUCGCUGCUACACGAGCUGUAUUUAGACACCACCGCAUCUGCCAGACGUGCUGUAGAUUACACCAUUACACCUUGACCUCGCCAAGACUGACAAUGAAGAGAAGUCGACAUCCAAGCAGCAGCGAAGAAGACUCUGAUAAUGGAAGUAACUCCACUUCCUGGUCCCAACAUUCUCAACCCAGGAGAGCCAAUUGGAAGAAGCCCUCAGAAGUGUUCAGGACAGACUUCAUCACGGCCAUGAAGCUCCAUGACACAUACCAACUGAACCCAGAGGAUUACUACGUCCUGGCCGAUCCCUGGAGACAGGAGUGGGAGAAGGGAGUCCAGGUCCCUGUCAGCCCUCACACAAUCCCCCAGCCUGUAGCCCGGGGAGUGGCAGAGCGGGGGAUGGAGGUGAUGUUCACGACGCCUAAGAAGUGGAUCCGUUCGGGAUGUUCAGGGGCACUGGGGUACGUGGACAUCCAGACCCUGUCUGAGGGGACCUGUCGAUACGACCUCAACGACACUGACGUGGCCUGGCUGGAGCUCAUCAACCACCAGUUCACUCUGAUGGGCAUGGUGCUGCUGGACGAGAUGACCAUGGAGAGAGUGAUGGAAGAGUUUGAGAGGCGUUGCUAUGACAGAAUGAGCCAUGCCAUGGCAACGGAGGAGGGGCUUGGCAUGGAGUACGACGAGGAUGUUGUGUGUGACGUCUGUCGGUCACCUGACAGCGAGGACAACAACGAGAUGGUCUUCUGUGACAAGUGCAACAUCUGUGUUCACCAGGCGUGUUAUGGGAUUCUGAAGGUGCCAAAGGGAAGCUGGCUGUGUCGGACCUGUGACCUCGGCAUCUUGCCAAAAUGCCAACUCUGCCCCAAGAAGGGCGGGGCCAUGAAACCCACCCGCAGCGGAACAAAGUGGGUUCACGUCAGCUGUGCCCUGUGGAUCCCCGAGGUGAGCAUUGGGAACCCAGAGAAGAUGGAGCCGAUCACCAACAUGUCCCACAUCCCCAGUAACAGAUGGGCUCUGACCUGCUGUCUCUGUAAAGACCAGACUGGAGCCUGUAUACAGUGUUCAGCUAAGAGCUGUCGGACAGCGUUCCAUGUGAGCUGUGCCUUACAGAGCCUGGAGAUGAACACCAUCCUGACAGAGCAGGAUGAGGUCAAGUUCAAAUCCUUUUGCCCCAAACACUCCGGUCUGAAGGGAGGACAGGACGGAGAGGGGGAGGAGGGAAAGGAGGGGGCCAGAGACAAUAAGUGGCGGAAGAGUGACAGAGUCAGAGGUGAUGAAGUUCCAGCCCCCAAGGAGGAGAGCAGGGUGAACCAGCAGGCGGUGAACCAGCAGGCGGUGAACCUGCGUCAGAUCAAACUGCAGCAGCUGGAGGAGGAGUUCUACCAGUUUGUUGACGUUAAGGAGGUAGCCAAUCACCUGCAGUUGCCCCCGGAAACAGUAGACUUCCUGUAUCAGUACUGGAAGCUGAAGCGCCGAGCCAAUCACAGCCAGCCGUUGCUGACCCCCCAGAAGGAGGAGGAGGAGAGUCUGGCGAGGAGAGAGCAUGAUGUCCUCCUCCACCGCCUACAGCUGUUCACUCACCUCCGCCAGGAUCUGGAGAGGGUGCGUAACCUGACCUACAUGGUCACACGGAGGGAGAAGAUAAAGAGGACUCUGUGGAGGAUCCAGGAACAGAUCUUCACUCAUCAGGCCGAGCUGCUGGACCAUGAGAUCAUCAACGGGUGUCUGAACCACAGCGUCCGUCUCAGUGUGGUUUCGGCUCCAGUGGCGGUGUUGGGGUACAGCGGCCUGAAGACCCAGAGGAGAGACCGAGGGAGGGGAGGGCACCGGAGAGGAGGCCUACAUCUACUACACAGUCUGACUGAGGGGGGUAGACACGUCAGAGGACAGACAGACAAUCAUACCAGAGGACAGACAGGCAACAACUCCAGCAAACUGAAGACAGAAAGUAGAGAGAGCGGCAGACCCAGAAUAGAGGGUAGGAAGAGCCUGAGGAAGGAGGCCCCAGAAUCUGAGCAGCAACAGAAGAGCAGCAGGAGGAGGAGAGGAGAGGACCAGGGAUCGGAGGAGGACCAGAUAACGGAGAGGAGAAAGAGGAGAGGAGAGACGGACCAGGGAAUGGACGAGAAGACAGGAGAGGAGGACCAUGGAACAGAGGGGAGGAGAGGACUCAAGGAAAGCUCUCCAAUCAAAGCCAAAACCAGACUGGGGUCAAAGGCCAGUAGGCUCAGUGAUAUGACUGAUGCUAAACCAGCCAAUAGAAUGAGUGAAGCUAGGGUUAGGUUAACUAGGAUCAAGGUUCAUAAUGUGACUGAGGCUAGGGUCAGGUUAACGAGGGUUAGGGUUAGUGAUCAUGUGACUGAAGUGAAGGAGAGGAAGGUGAGGCUCAGCGGAACAGACAGCCAAUCAGACCCCAGAGACACCACUGUAUCCAUGACAACCAAACACAACAGCUGGCUGGCCAGUGGGCCUGGUGGCAGCCAUCUUAAGAACUGGGGUAAGUUCAGAAUCCCAAAGAGGAGUGAGAGGCCAAAGGAGGAGCCAUCAAACCCCAACCCCCCACAGCACAGACCUCCCAACCCCCCACAGCGCAGACCUCCUAACCCCCCACAGCACAGACCUCCUAACCCCCCACAGCACAGACCUCCCAACCCCCCACAGCGCAGACCUCGUUCCCCACAGCGCAGACCUCGUUCCCCACAGCGCAGACCACUGCACAGUGAGCCGUCGUACCCCAGGAGACGACUCCGUACAGAGAGCGAUGGCUACUCCUCUGCUAACUCUGAAACUCCGCCCAGUGGGUUGGACAUGAAGGCAUGCCACGCCCACCAGCUGAGGGGCGGGGCCUAUGGCUCUGACAUCAUCCACCAAGGGGUUCUAGCCUCCUGAUGACAUCAUCCUGCUGAGAUGCAACACUUGAAACAAACAGCACCAUGUUAAUAGAAAAUGAAGCUAGCCCGAGGUUGCUUUUUAUAAUCACAUUUACAGAACUGAUCAUUUGUAAGGUUGUAUAUAUUUUCAAUUCUGUUAAGAUUAUUUUUCAGUGAAUGUAUUAUGACAAUUAACUGUAGACAUGCUCAUAGCCUCAACACAAUCACACCUGACAACUGGUUUUUGUUGAAGCAUAAGCCAUGUAUUUAAUUUGUAGUUUCAAAAUCACAUUAUAGCACUUGCAAUUGAAGAAUGGUCAAGCAUUAAUGAUUAGUAGAAAAUGAAUGAGAAUUUAACCUGAAACCACCCUUUCUAUACUUCCCAGCAGUGAAUCAAGAGGUCUAAUAUUUCUAGAAAACCAACAGGGGCUGAUGCUGUGGAGGUGGCUGGGUAUUGAACUAGACAGUGUCUGAUGGUGACUAGUGUUUAAGUGAUCGCUGAAGUGUUAUAUGGUGGGAUCGUCUUGACAAAUGCUGCGUUUGCAGUCUUCACUAACACAGGGACAUUGCCUUUAAAUGUCAGCGAUACGGUUCGACUAGAACCCCAGGGCAGGUCUAGGAUCUGUCUAUAAGGCAAAACUGAUCAGAGGCUUUAUGGAGAAUGAGACCACUUCCUUGUCUGUGACUCAUGUGCCUAUCUUUAUUAUCAGUGUUUGCACUAAGACAGGAUGGCUGGGCUUGGAAUAAAUUAUUUUUACAGAAAAACAUUUUGUACCAUUGACUGCUGCAUUAUCGUUAUGCAAAUGACCAGUUCUGUCAUGUCUUAAAUAAAUUCACUCUUAAAUCACCUCAA